UGCGUGUUGGCGGUGGGCCAGUGGGCUCGGCGGCCCUGUUCGGAGCCAGCUUGAGACGCGCGACUGGCGGAGCUCGCGGAGUUGCAGGGCGGGGGUUUUGCUAGGCUCGGUAAAGAUGGCAGAAAACGAUGUUGAGAAUGAGUUGUUGGAUUACGAAGAGGAUGAUGAGAACCAGACUUCGGCAGAACCAGCAACAGCUCCUGCUAAGAAGGAUGUGAAGGGUUCCUAUGUCUCCAUUCACAGCUCUGGAUUCAGAGAUUUCUUGUUGAAACCAGAGCUACUUCGAGCCAUUGUUGACUGUGGCUUUGAGCAUCCUUCAGAAGUUCAACACGAGUGCAUUCCUCAAGCCAUUCUUGGAAUGGACAUCCUCUGUCAGGCCAAAUCCGGAAUGGGAAAGACAGCAGUAUUUGUUCUUGCGACACUGCAACAAUUGGAGGCUGUUGAUGGACAGGUAUCGGUCCUUGUCAUGUGCCACACCAGAGAGCUGGCUUUUCAGAUUAGCAAAGAAUAUGAAAGGUUUUCAAAAUACAUGCCAAAUAUAAAGGCAGCUGUAUUUUUUGGAGGCUUGUCAAUCAAAAAGGAUGAAGACAUCUUGAAAAAGAAUUGCCCUCAUAUUGUUGUAGGAACACCAGGACGAAUCCUAGCCCUCACGCGUAAUAAGUCGCUCAGUUUGAAAUACGUCAAGCACUUUGUAUUAGAUGAGUGUGAUAAGAUGUUGGAGCAACUUGACAUGCGUAGAGAUGUCCAGGAUAUUUUCCGUCUAACUCCUCAUGAAAAGCAGGUUAUGAUGUUCAGCGCCACCCUAAGCAAGGAGAUCCGUCCCGUCUGCCGCAAGUUCAUGCAGGAUCCCAUGGAGGUGUUUGUUGACGAUGAAACUAAGCUGACACUUCACGGAUUGCAGCAAUAUUAUGUUAAACUAAAGGACAAUGAGAAGAACCGAAAGUUGUUUGAUUUACUUGAUGUCCUGGAAUUUAAUCAGGUGGUGAUCUUUGUAAAGUCAGUCCAGCGCUGUGUGGCAUUGGCACAGCUGCUUGUGGAACAGAACUUCCCAGCCAUCGCCAUUCAUAGAGGGAUGGCACAGGAGGAGAGGUUGUCACGAUAUCAGCAGUUCAAGGAUUUUCAGAGGCGUAUCUUGGUGGCAACAAACUUGUUUGGCCGUGGUAUGGACAUUGAACGAGUGAACAUUGUCUUCAAUUAUGACAUGCCUGAGGACUCUGACACAUACCUCCACAGGGUUGCACGUGCUGGUAGAUUUGGUACGAAGGGUUUGGCCAUUACCUUUGUGUCUGAUGAAACUGAUGCUAAAGUUCUGAAUGACGUACAGGAUCGAUUUGAAGUGAAUGUUGCUGAGCUGCCAGAUGAAAUCGACAUUUCUACUUACAUUGAACAAAGCCGAUAGUCCGUGCCAGCAAGGCCUGAAAACGUCCCAUGGAAGCUUAUUGCAGUUGAUCGGUGGUCGUCUGUCUACAAGAUGGGAAGAUGACUUUUAAGAUUUGUUUUGUCAAUAACCUUUUUUAAAAAGUUUCAUGAAUUGAAAUUUGUUUGGAAGAAUUGAAGCUUUUAUACAAUCUGUUUUAAUUUGUAUAUUGCUCUUUCUGCCUGUCUACCUAAACGUGGUUUGCUGGUUAAUAAAUUAGUUCAGUUUUUA